AACCCACAAAUAACUGAAUAUAAAAUAGAGAAUAUACAUACUGUUGGUGCACAAUAAUUUACUAAAUAAACCAAGUAGUAGAGCAAUGGGAGAUCUUCAACAGAGAGUUCAUCCAGUUCUUCAAAUGGAAGCCAACAACAAGAAAACAUCACCAGCACCCGCAAAGACACAACAUCUUCCAACACAAAGGCCAGCUCGCGAAAAGACACAACAACAGCAGCUUCCUAUACAACGACCACUUCCACCUCCUCCUUUGAUGGUGCGUAAUAAUAAGAAGCGAAAUCUUUGCUGCAGAAUCUUCUGUUGGGGUUUAAGCCUUCUAAUCAUUGCCUUAAUCGCAUUAGCGGUUGCAGUUGCGGUUAUAUAUUUUGUUUUCCAUCCUAAACUCCCACAAUACGAGGUCAACAGUUUACGAGUUAGCAACCUUGGCAUCAACCUAGACCUCUCUCUUUCCGCCUUGUUCGAAGUCGAGAUCACAGCUCGUAAUCCAAACAAAAAAAUUGGGAUUUAUUACGAGAAAGGAGGGCGUCUCCAAGUGUGGUAUACCAAGACGAAGCUCUGUGAAGGCCCUAUACCCAAGUUUUACCAAGGGCAUAGAAACGUAACUAGACUGGAUGUGGAUCUAACGGGAAGAGUACAGUUCGGGAACACUGUUCUGUCGGCAUUGCAGCAGCAGCAACAGACAGGACGUGUCCCGUUAGAUCUCAAAGUGGAUGCUCCGGUUUCCGUCAAACUGGGGAAAUUGAAGAUGAAGAAGGUUCGAAUAUUGGGGAACUGCAAGAUUGUUGUUGAUAGUUUAUCAAAAAACAAUAGAAUUAAUAUCAAAGCCAGUGAUUGCAAGUUUAGGCUUAAACUUUAAGUUGUUCCUCUCUUGGGUGUAUGUAUCUAUCAUUUUCUAUUGCAUUGGUUAAGUUUUUCUGAA